CACUAGUCUCAUUUAGUCACCGCAUUCCAACGACAGCAUCACGAACUUCUCACAGUUUCUUAACAAGAUACACCCCGCCUUUCUUCAAAGCUCAUUUACUCUAUCUUGUAGCCUCAUCUUAUAUAAGAAGUUCUUUGCCGACGAUGACUACGAGCGAGGAUCACGUAAGAGAUGCAGAGCUACAAUACCUUGUCAAUCCUUUGAACGGCAGCCAUUUGUCAGACGGAAUUGACGGCUCAAGUCAUGACAAUCGUCCACCUAUUCCUGGAUCAAGUUGCGAAAUCUACACCUUCACCGACGAAGUCAUCGUCCCCUCAUCAGCACCAAAAUCUCACCCCUAUCUCCUCGUCAACAUCGGCUCAGGCGUAUCAUUCUUCCAGGUCUCGGAAAACAACCAAUGUCAGCGCAUCUCAGGCUCUUCAUUCGGCGGCUCGGCAUUAUGUGGUCUGCUACUUCUACUCACACGAGCCCGCACAUACGAAGACAUGCUUGAACAAGCUGAGAAGGGCAACAAUGCCAAUGUCGAUAAACUGAUUGGAGACAUUUAUGGAAUGGACUAUAACAGAAUUGGCAUGAAGAUGACAGCCGUUGCUUCAACGCUCUGCAAAGCUUUUAGUCUCGAGCAUAGACCUGAUGCUGAAAUCCAAGAGGCGGAAAGCCCCGUGCGAGACAUCAAGUCAUUUUCAGAUGCGGAUAUCUGCCACUCCCUGGUCUUCGCAGUUUUUAACAACAUCGGUCAACUUGCCACGCUGCAUAGUCGAAUUCAUGGAAACCCGGAUAUCUACUUCACUGGACCUUAUGUGCAAAACUGCCAACUGCUCAUCAGGACCUUGUGCAUUGCAGUGCGCUAUUAUUCACAAGGAGAGAAGAAGGCACAUGUUGUUGUCAAUCAAGGCGACUCGGCUGCUUAAAGAUUUGGAAAACAAGAAUGGCAUGUGGGACAUCAUCAGCAUAGAUAAGCGAGCUAGAUCAUUAUCGAAAUUUGUA